UUUAAAAUAGAGGUUUGGAGGUGCACGUGCACAUGGAUUCGCUUUAUAAUCUGUUUUCUGUAUAAAUGUUCAUAUAAUUCUUUAUUGCCAAUUGUGUAAUUAUUGUAAUUCAACAUGGUCGUGAUAGGAAAGAAAAAGUAUCAAUCUGGUGAAGGGUCACAGUUUAUGUCAAGAAAAGCUGCUUUAAAGAAAUUGCAGCUAACGUUAAAAGAUUUUCGUCGACUAUGCAUAUUGAAGGGUAUAUAUCCAAGGGAGCCACGUAAUCGUAAAAGGGCGCAGAAAGGGGAACCUGGUAUUAAAAUACUGUAUCAUAAAAAAGACAUUCAAUUUUUGCUACAUGAACCAAUAAUAUGGAAGUUAAGAGAAGUCAAGGUAUUUACCAGGAAAGUUGCAAAGGCAAGAGCUAUGAAAGAAUAUAAAGACGUAAAAAGAUACUUGAGGGAUCAACCUAAUUUAAAGUUAGAUCAUAUCGUUAAAGAACGAUAUCCAACAUUUAUUGAUGCACUUAGAGAUCUGGAUGAUUGUCUGACUCUGUGCUUCCUGUUCAGCACAUUUCCAUCUCUCAGUCACAUACCAAGAGAUCAAUCUUUAUUGUGCAGAAGAUUGACGGUAGAAUUUUUACAUGCUGUAGUUGCUGCUAAAGCUCUGCGCAAAGUGUUCGUAUCCAUUAAGGGAUAUUAUUAUCAAGCUGAGAUCAAAGGACAAACGAUAACUUGGAUUGUGCCACAUCACUUUGGGUUUGAACCACAGGCGAAGAUGGAUGUGGACUUCAAAAUCAUGUCGAUAUUCGUAGAAUUUUAUAUUGUAAUGUUAGGCUUCGUAAAUUAUAGACUGUACCAUACUCUUAAUUUACAUUAUCCUCCAAAACUCACAAGCAUCGAUAAUAGUGAAAAGUUACUUGUGGAUGAAGAAGCUUACGUAUCGGAAAGGAUAGGUGCGUUAAAUGUACCAUUAGUGAAUCUGGAUGCUUCAGCCCAGAAUGCAGAGGACGAAGAAAUGGAAAUGGAUCAAUUUGUCAAUGAUGGCGAUGCUACGAAAGUGGAGGAAGCUAGGAUGGAAAUCGAGAAAAUAAAAAAAUUGAAAACACUUUUCAAGGGGUUAAGAGUAUUCUUGAAUAGAGAAGUACCAAGAGAGCCUUUAGUUUUUAUCCUACGUUGCUUCGGAGCUGAAGUAUCCUGGGACAAGUUGCUCUUCGUUGGAGCAACGUUCGAUGAAAAUGACGAAAGGAUAACACAUCAGAUAGUGGACAGACCUAGCAUGUCCAAACAAUAUAUUUCCAGGUAUUAUGUACAACCGCAAUGGGUUUUCGAUUCGGUAAACGCUAGGGAAUUGUUGCCCGUGGAAAAAUACUUAAUGGGUUGCGUGCUCCCGCCGCAUCUUUCACCGUUCCUUGAUAGCCAUCAAGAUCAGACAUAUAUCCCACCAGAGGAACGUGCAUUAAUGGAUCCUGACUUCAAACUUAAAGACGACGAAGAAGAAUCAGAUGAAAAUGAAAAUGAAAAUGAAAAAGCAGAAGAGGACGAAGAUGACUCAGACAACGCAAGUGAAGAGAAAGAAGAAAUUGAAAAUGACACAGAAAUGGCAGAAACGGAAGUGAAAGAAAAGCAACGGAAUCAAUUGAAAAAGAAAAUGAAAGUGAAAGCCGGAGAAGUAACGAAGGAAGAUCCACGUGAACAGAAACGAUUGGAGAGGCAGGAAUAUCGUCUGCGCGAGCGAAUGAUCAAGAAGAGACAUCGCAAUUUGUAUAAGAGUAUGAUGGAAGGUCGUAAGCAGAGAGCGAAGGAAGUAUGGCUUCUUCGCAAGAAGAGGCGGAUACACGACGCUACCAAGAAACAAGAACGCAAGGAGGAACGUAAACAAAAGAAAGCUAAAGUAUCCAAUUAAUAAAAAUAAUACGUUCAA